AUGGCCUUAGAAACCAUUUAUGACGCUGAUCCCAUUCACGGCGAUUCAGAGCAGUCCGAAAGCGAAGACGAGAAGAAUGAGCUUCCCAUUGAAGCUUCCCAGGCCCGGCGAACCCAGAACAUGCAAUUCGAGGCCUUGCUUUCUCAGAGGGCACAAGAUGACACAGUUCAGCAGAUCAAGAAAGGAAAUCUCAAUAGACCGGACGAGGAACUCACCAUAGCUAGCUUGGUGGCAAAGAAAGACUCGGGGGCUGGUAUUCUGAACCCCCGUGCUUACCAAAUCGAGCUGUUUGAGCGAGCAAAGACUCGUAACAUUAUUGCGGUCCUGGAUACCGGAUCUGGAAAGACCCUCAUCGCGGUGCUUUUGCUCAAGCACAUGUUGCAACAAGAGUUGAUCGACCGAUCCCUUGACAAGCCUCACCGUGUGGCCAUAUUUCUAGUCGACAGUGUGACUCUGGUGUUCCAACAGACAGCCGUUCUCCGCAACAACCUGAGCCAGGAGAUUGGCCAUUUAUAUGGUGCCAUGGGCCCAGAUCUCUGGGAUCAAAUGACAUGGGAAAAGCAUCUCAAUACGAACAUGGUAAUUGUGUGCACAGCGGAAAUUCUCCACCAGGCGCUACUCAAUGCAUUUAUCAAGAUGACCCAAAUCAACCUCUUGAUUUUCGACGAGGCACACCACGCGAAGAAGGACCAUCCAUAUGCACGAAUUAUUCGUGAUUCCUAUCUCAAGGUCGAUUCGUCAGAACGUCCAAAAGUCUUUGGGAUGACAGCGUCCCCGAUCGAUGGUAAAGUUAGCAUUAUAGAAGCGGCCAGCGAACUGGAAGCUCUUUUGCAUAGCCAGAUUGCAACGACCUCCAAUCUAUCAUCCCUGCGGACAUUUAUUAGAAAGCCGAUGGAAGAGACAUGGACCUACAAAAAACUCAAACCCCCCCUCGAAACACCUCUUUACAGGGUAAUGAAAGAGCAUUUUGGAGACUUGAAGGCCCUUGAGCCCGUUUUCCGAUCCGUUCUGGAUGCUAGCUCGGAACUUGGAAUCUGGUGCGCCGAUAAAAUCUGGGCCAAGGCUCUUGCGGACGAUGUCAUACCGAAGCUCGAGGGCAUUAUCAACAAGGAUUACAACCAAGACUUAAACACCAAGGGUGGUAUUGUGAGAGACGCCCAGCGAGUCAAGGCAGCCUGCGAAGCUGUGAAAGGGCAUCAGUUCCAACAUCCUUUAGAAUCAGGUCAAUUGAGUUCCAAGGUAGAGCUUCUCUUAGCUAUCCUGACCCAUCAUUUCAAUCAGUCAAAGGAGAAGAAGUGCAUUGUUUUCACUGCGCGGCGGAAUACUGCCAAAAUCUUGAAGCACCUGUGUGAUGAGCUGGGAGUCCCAAAUAUUCGCCCCGGUCUGCUGGUUGGUGUUCGGAAUUCCGAUUUCACAGGAACAACCACUUUCCGUCAACAGUUCCUUGCUCUGGUAAAAUUUCGAAAGGGUGAUAUCAAUUGCUUGUUCGCAACAUCUGUUGCUGAAGAGGGUCUUGAUAUCCCAGAUUGCAAUCUUGUCAUAAGAUUCAACCUUUAUGACACCCUGAUUCAAUAUAUUCAGAGUAGGGGCCGCGCAAGACACGAGGAAUCAGUCUACGCGCACAUGAUUGAAAUGGAGAAUGAUCACCAUCAGAAGCGUCUUCAAGAAGUCCAACGGGCAGAGAAGCUUAUGCAAGCACUCUGCAGCGCGCUUCCCAAGGAUCGACUCCUUCUGGGAGACGAGAUAGAUAUGAAAAAGGUCUUCGAAACAGAUAAAGGGAAGAGAACCUACAUCAUUCAGUCGACAGGAGCAAAGUUGACGUACACCCACGCCACUAAUGUCCUCUCACGCUAUGCUGCGUCUUUGGCAAGUCAAGUUCAACAUGAGGAAGAAAUCUCUGCUUGUGCAACUUUCUUUACAAUACCAAAGGGAGGAUUCUUUGCCUGUGAAGUGAUUCUACCGGAAAAGUCGCCAAUCCGGGGAUUGAUAGGAAGGCUGGAAUCGACAAAAAUGAUGGCAAAACAGUCAGCUGCAUUUGAUGCGUGCAUUAUGUUGAGAAGGAAAAGUCUUCUCGAUGAUAAUUUCAAAUCCGUCUAUCACAAACGACUCCCAGCUAUGCGCAACGCCAAACUCGCAAUUGUAUCGAAAAAGACUAACCAGUACACCAUGAUUUGCAAGCCAUCCAUCUGGAAGAAAAAUCAAGGAUCUUUGCCCGACAAAAUUUAUGGUAUGGUUUUCAGGUUUGUUCCUAAGGAGCCUCUAUCCCGUGUCCAUGAUAGCAUCAUACUCCUUGCCCGAGUUCCGCUUCCAGAAAUUCCAUCAUUCCCUAUUUACCUCGAAAAUGACAAAGAAACCAGCAUUGAAGCCACAGUUCUCGAUAUGCCACUUUCGGCUGUCACCGAAGAUCUAGCUUGCUUUUCUCAGUUCACGGUUGCCAUUUUCCGUGACGUGUUUCAUAAAACAUUCGAACACAAGAUGGAGAAAUUUCCGUACUGGCUGGCUCCAAUCAGAUCAGAUGCCCAGAUUAUCAAUUCCACCGAUUCACCGCGAGAACUCAUUGACUGGAAAACUUUGAAUUUCGUGAAUCAGAAUCCUGAAAUAAAAUGGACCAAAGAGAUGGAACCUGAAACUCUUUUGAAUCGUCUUAUCUAUGAUGGCUGGGACGGAAAGAGACGUUUCUUUCUGAUCAACGUUGAUUCUACACUCCGCCCUUCAAAUCCCCCACCGUCUCUCUCCAAAAACUCCCGACCAAGGGCUCUGGAAAGCGUGGACUGGGGUCAGCCAGUAUUCCAGGCAGAAUGUGUUUGUCUGCGAAGGAACUUCCUGGAAAAGGCUACAGAAUCAGAAAAGGUGGAAGUGAUCCCCAUCCCAAUCGUGACUUCAUGUUUGGCUUUUCCCGCCAUCAUGAACAGGCUCGAGUCUUACAUGAUCGUGCUAGAGGGUUGUCAGCAUCUAGGCCUAGACAUCAGAUUAGACUAUGCAUUGGAGGCUUUCACCAAAGACUCAGAUAACACUGAAGAACAUCGUGUCCUUCAGGUUCAUGUCCAACGAGGCAUGGGGAAGAACUAUGAGCGACUUGAAUUCUUCGGUGACACCUUUCUGAAGAUGGCGACUUCCAUCUCACUUUUCUGCCAGAAACCGGAUGAUGAUGAAUAUGACUAUCACGUCAACCGGAUGUGUCUCAUCUGCAACAGGAACUUGUUCAAUGCUGCCUGUAAAACUAACCUCUACGCCUACAUUCGGAGCCGUGGAUUUUCUAGGCACACAUGGUAUCCACCGGGACUGGAGCUUCUUCAUGGUCGCAAUUACCUUCGGCAUCUUGAAUCUGAAAGCAGCCAUGCACUGGGCGAGAAGACAAUUGCAGAUGUCUGCGAGGCACUCAUCGGAGCUUCCUUGCUCACGGGAGGCAAGGAAAGCCGAUUUGACAUGGCGAUCGAAGCAGUGACUCUCUUUGUGGACAGCAAAAAUCACAAAGCCAAAAGCUGGGAAGAUUAUGUUUCAUCAUACGUCAAGCCAUCUUACCAAAUCACAAGCGCCGAUGGAUUUGAGAUUGAUCUCGCUCAUAAGAUCUUCCGAGACCUAGGCUAUCGAUUCAAGUCCCCCCGUCUGCUCCGUUCUGCCUUCACUCAUCCCUCAUAUCCCUCUGCGUGGUCCAAGGUCCCUUGCUACCAGCGAUUGGAGUUCCUCGGAGAUGCUCUACUUGAUAUGGUAUGCAUCGAGGACUUGUUUCGCCGGUUCCCAGACAAGGAUCCACAGUGGUUGACUGAGCACAAGAUGGCCAUGGUUUCAAACAAAUUUCUCGGCGCACUUGCAGUGAAACUGGGAUUUCAUCGCCAUCUUCAGCAUUUCAGCAACCCUCUCCAGUCAGGCGUCACGCAGUACGCCGAGGAUAUUCAGAUUGCCGAAGAAGAAGGCAAUGGGAUGAUGGACUAUUGGUUGGGGACCAAAGAUUCCCCAAAGUGUCUGCCGGAUAUGCUCGAGGCAUAUCUUGCCGCUGUCUUUGUCGAUUCAGACUUUGACUACAAGGUCAUUGAAAAUUUCUUUACCCGUCACAUCAAGCCUUAUUUCGUUGACAUGUCCUUAUACGACACCUUCGCCAACAAACACCCAACGACAUAUUUGUACAACCAGCUGACCAACGUCUACGGAUGCGGAGAAUAUUGUCUCAAGUCGGGGGAGCUUCCAGUAGUGGAUAAUGAGCAGCCAACCAUUCUUGCUGCCGUGAUGAUACACGGAAUCUGUGUUGCGGAUUCUAUCGGAACGUCGAGCCGAUAUGCCAAAGUCCGGGCGAGUGAGAGAGCUUUGGAAGCAAUCAGUGGGAUGCUCCGGGAUGAUUUCCGCAACAAGUAUGGCUGCGAUUGCCGCGCCUCCGACGUUGAGAAUGUGAAAGAUGCCGACACUGGAACUGCGAUUUGA